AUGUCAGCCGGGACCGUGGUCAUCGCGGGAGGAAUUCUGGCUACAGUCAUCUUACUGACCAUCGUCGCCGUACUGUGUUUAUGUAGGUUGCAGUACUACUGCUGUAAGAGGGAGGAGUCCGAGAAGGGGGAAGAGGAGGAACCGGAGCUCGCCACCAUGUCGCCGUCCCGCCCCCUGGCUCUGUCGGCCCCUCCCACGCCCCCGACGCCGGACCGCUACAGCGACGAGCCCGAGACCUACCCGCCCACCUUCCUGACGGAGGCCAACGGGCCGGCCAGCUACUCGCCGACGCCACCGCCGCCGCGCAGGUGCCAGCGCUCGCACGCCUUCUGCCCGUCCUGCGCCCGCUGUUCGCUGCCUUUCUACCUGCAGCACCCCGAGAGGCUGUGCAACGGCGGGCGCAGGAUCAGCUACAGGACUGUGCAGCAGCAGGACCUGGAGCUGCCCGUGGACCUGGCCAGCUUCUACCACAAGCUCAACCUGAUCCGCUCCGUCACCAUGCGGGAGGUGGUCACCCACAGCGUCAGCACCGACGUCUAG